AUGUUCAAAAUCGCCCUAUUCGCCCUGUUCUGCCUGUUGGCCACCGUUUCAGCCCAGUACUGGGGCGGUGAGGGAUACCACCACGAGGAUCACCACUCGUACCCCAAGUACAAGUACGAGUACGGCGUGAAGGAUCACCACACCGGAGACCACAAGAGCCAAUGGGAGUCCCGGGAUGGGGAUGUCGUUAAGGGAGGAUACACCCUGGAUGAGGCCGACGGAACCAAGCGAGUCGUGGAGUACCAUUCGGAUAAGCACCACGGAUUGACGGCUCACGUCAAGCGGAUUGGUCAUGCGCACCACCCGCAGGUUUACGGACACCAGCACUACGGUGGUGGAUACCAGAACCAGGGAUAUCAGGGUUACGGACACGGAUCGGGAUACAGCUACAGCAACCUAAACCAGCACUUUUGA